GAAAUUCGACUACAAGCCGAAGGGAGAGCACUUUGAGCUCCCGGGCGUCGCGUCGCGCUCCGCCAGCUGCAAGCUCUACGUGGUUGGGGCCGCCUCGACGGAUGAGACCUGGAGGGACAAAGGUCCCGUCCUCGUCAUGUGGAGCGACUCCUUUGGUCCAUUCAGUGGGAUGCAUCGGAAGCUGGCUGACGAGUUCUCCGCCCGGACCGGCGGCAUCGCGCUGCUGCCCGACCCCUUCGAGGGCUCGGGGGGCUUGAUCCCGCAAUACGGCGAGGAAGACGACAAGCCGAACCAGUUGGGCUGCAACAUCUUCACCUGGAAUCUCAUUAUUGGCUUCAUCUGGAAUGGAAGAUCCUUCAUGAAGCGCUACCCAUGGGAUGGGAACCUCGAGUGCCUUUGCAAAGACCAGCUCAUCCCAUACCUGCGGUCAAAAGGAGUGGAGAAGUUCGCCAUGCUGGGCUUCUGCUACGGCUCUUGGAUCAUCAUGAAGGCGUGCAAUGACGAUGCGAUCGCGGAGCACGUGACGUGCGGGAUCCACUUUCACCCUGCAUCAGAGCUGCUGGAGAAGACUGCUUUCGGACGCGACGACGUGGGGCUUUGCCGGACCUGCAAGCGGCCCCAACUGAUGCAUGCCACCAAGCAAGAAUCGGACAACUGGAAGCCUGAUGGAGCUGCCCACAAGGCCCUCCAGGAGAAUGAGAACGUCCCAGAGGUACAAUUCUCGCUGGCGCGAAGCACAAUGAGUCACGGCUUUAUGACGCGUGUGGAUACCAACGUUGAAGACAAUCGCUCGGCCAUUAAAGAAGGAGUCGACUUGGCCAUGGCAUUCCUCGAGAAGUACAACUCUGGUGAGUGA